UAGGUGUUAAAUUGCAAAUAGGAAUGCUGAUGGGUGUCCAAGCUAGGCGUGGAAGAUACCUAGCGUCGGUUGAAUACUAUAAGCUGCAAAUAACUGGGCACACCUCAUUUAGUUUGGGAGCAACUGGAGUGGACGCGCGCGCGAUGCCUAUGACUCUGCUAUGACCACACGACGUCUAGCGCGUCCGAUUAUUCUACGCCCUUCGUGCCGUGAGUCGAACAACCAGAAGAGGAUAGGUCAACAACCUCAGAAUAGCAAAGCCAUCGGCUCCAGAUCGAGCUUAUUGGUGAGCCAGUAUUCGCCUGCCGAACGCCGAGACCCAAAAGCCAUAGCUUUUACGCUGUGUUGCUCGUGCCUGCGCCCUAUAUCGGACAUCCAUAUCGGAGGUGACUAAGUAGGUAUAUGGAGCUAUACAUACAUAAAGCGGCCUGGAGGGGUCUAUAUACGUCGUCUUCAAUCGACGAUCCGCAUGACAUCGUUAUAAAAUCAAUUUCAGGCAACUCAGGGGAGUUAGUGAUUUGGCAGGAUGGCUAAAAGGCAUGUAGAGUAUGGGAAAAGUCUACUCCAGCUUUUCGAAUUUGAUCCCGAGUACCGGCACCUUAAUCAUGGCUCUUUUGGCGCUGCGCCGCGCGACAUCAGAAAACAUAUGCGACAUCACCAGGACCUCGCUGAGUCUAGGCCGGACAGCUAUAUCCGAUAUGAGUAUCCCGUCAUCUUAGACGAGUGCAGAGCGGCGAUGGCCAAGCUUGUCAACGCCCAUGUAGACACAAUUGUCUUCGUUCCAAAUGCUACUGUGGGAGUCAACACUGUUUUUCAGAAUCUUACAUGGGACGAUGAUGGUAAAGACGAGAUCAUCUACUUCAGCACUAUCUACGGUGCCUGUGCCAAGAUCGUUGAUUAUGUUGUGGAUAGCACUUCGGGAAAAGUAUCGUCACGCGCCGUUCCUCUCUCAUAUCCAUGCGAGGACGAGGAUGUUGUGAAGGCCUUCCAUUCGGCUUUAGAAGACAGUGGAAAUGCCGGUAAACGCGCCAAGAUCUGCUUGUUCGAUACAGUGUCGAGCCUCCCCGGAGUCUGCUUCCCCUAUGAAGCGAUCAUCAAGGCAUGUCGCGACGCUGGGGUUUUGAGUCUCGUGGAUGGCGCACAAGCUGUCGGACUGGUCCCAAUCGACCUUGACAGUCUUGACCCCGACUUCUUCGUUUCUAACUGCCACAAGUGGCUCUAUGUUCCUAGAAGCUGUGCUGUGUUCCAUGUGCCACUGCGUAACCAGCACAUGAUCACAACCACUACACCUACCUCUCAUGGCUACGUCCCCCAGUCGGGAUCCAGAUUUAAUCCCCUUCCACCAUCGAAAAAAUCUGCGUUUGUUAACAACUUUGAAUUCGUUGGCACUCUAGAUACAAGCGCGUAUGUGUGCGUGAAAGAGGCUAUCGAGUGGCGCGAGCGGGUUCUCGGGGGCGAGAAAGAGAUCUUUGAGUACUGUCACGCCCUGGCCGUAUCUGGGGGGCAUGAAAUUGCUUCUAUACUGGGGACGGAAGUGAUGGAUAACCCGUCUCAUACUAUGUCCAAGUGUGCCAUGAUCAACGUCGCCCUACCUCUUGAUGGCGAAGACAGAUCCUUGGAGAUACAGCAUUGGAUAAUGAGGACGUUAGCCGAAGAAUACAAGACAUUCAUUCCUCUAAAAGAGGACGCUGGUAGAGUAUGGGCUAGGCUCAGCGCGCAGGUAUAUACAGACAUGGAUGAUUUCAUAUGGGCUGGUCAGACGCUUCUUGCUGUCUGCAACAGAGUCAAAAGGGGCGAUGCUAGUCAGACACAUACUGAGGAUAGCUGACGGCUAGUUAACCUACGUCGAAGGAGGCAAGAUCUUUGCUAUGUACAUACAUGUGAAGACGUUCAGCUGCCAACAUUACCUUACAUUAUCGACCGUAC